ACUGCACGAUCACAUGUUGCAUUUAGGAAGUCCAGACUGCUCGCUGACGAUGUGUGCGAGCGUUGUUAUUAAAACACAUUGUACACUGACGCUCACAGACACCUGGACACUGGCCUCCGCGGUAUAAACACUGGUUCUACAUGUAGUUAUCGCAGUGGCUGACUAGCCUGAGCAGUGGAGCAGGGCUGCUUUAGCAGCCAGUCAAGAUGGACACCGCAGAGGAAGCUGACAUCUGCCGGGUCUGUCGGUCAGAGGGGAGCCAUGAAAAGCCGCUCUUCCACCCCUGUGUUUGCACUGGCAGCAUCAAGUUCAUCCAUCAGGAAUGCCUACUGCAGUGGUUAAAACACAGCAGAAAAGAAUACUGUGAAUUAUGUAAACACAGGUUCGCAUUUACACCAAUCUACUCUCCAGACAUGCCAUCUCGCUUGCCUGUCCAGGAUAUCUUUUCAGGUCUGGUCACCAGUAUCGGAACAGCCAUCAGAUACUGGUUCCACUACACACUAGUGGCCUUUGCCUGGCUAGGCGUUGUGCCUCUCACAGCAUGUCGCAUUUACAAGUGUCUAUUUACAGGCUCUGUGAGCUCACUCCUCACCCUCCCAUUAGAUAUGCUUUCAACACAAAACCUGCUUGCAGACUGUCUCCAGGGUUGUUUUGUGGUCACUUGCACGCUGUGCGCCUUCAUCAGCCUGGUGUGGCUCAGAGAGCAGAUUGUCCAUGGUGGCCCCCCUCAGUGGUUGGAGCAGAAUCCACUGCCUUUGGUUCCCAACCAGCCCAACGGCCCUGCACCUGCUAAUGAGGUGCCAGGUGGUAACGCUGCAGUCAACGCCCAGGCUGCAGCUGACCCCGCAGCAGCCCAGCACCCUGCAGACCCUGCCGAAGACGGUCUGGCUCCUGGCAACCCACAUGAAGUAGGUAACCAGGGAAAUGAUGCUGAACCUGACGAAGACGAUGAUGGGGAGGAGGACGAAGAUGAGGAGGAGGAUGAGGAAGGAAGAGAAGAAGAUGCUGCUGAUGCCAAUAAUGGAGGACAAGAAGAUUUAAACUGGAACGCUCUGGAGUGGGACCGUGCAGCAGAGGAGCUGACCUGGGAGAGGAUGCUGGGACUGGAUGGCUCCUUGGUGUUCCUGGAGCAUGUCUUCUGGGUGGUGUCUCUAAAUACACUCUUCAUCCUUGUCUUUGCUUUUUGUCCAUAUCACAUCGGCCACUUCUCUGUGGUUGGACUGGGCUUUGAGGACUAUAUUAAAGCUUCACACUUUGACGGCCUUGUCACCACCAUACUGGGUUACAUCCUCCUAGCAGGAGCUCUCAUGGUUUGUCAUGUACUAGCUUCGUUGGUAAGAUUCCAGCGGUCCAGACGACUCCUGGGUGUCUGCUACAUUGUUGUCAAGGUGUCCCUGCUGGUUGUCAUGGAAAUAGGCUUGUUCCCACUGAUUUGUGGCUGGUGGCUCGACAUUUGCUCACUGGAAAUGUUCGAUGCCACCUUGAAAGACAGGGAGCAGAGUUUUGACUCGGCUCCUGGUACGACGAUGUUCCUCCACUGGCUGGUCGGCAUGGUCUACGUCUUCUACUUUGCCUCUUUCAUCCUUUUGCUUCGAGAGGUUCUUCGGCCAGGUGUGCUGUGGUUCCUGAGGAACCUGAAUGAUCCAGACUUUAACCCAGUCCAAGAGAUGAUCCACCUGCCCAUCUAUAGACAUCUGCGGAGGUUUAUUCUCUCUGUGGUGGUGUUUGGUUCCAUAGUUUUGCUGAUGCUUUGGCUCCCCAUUAGAAUCAUUAAACUGUUCUUCCCAACCUUCCUUCCUUACAACGUCAUGCUUUACAGUGAUGCCCCAGUGAGCGAGCUAUCGUUAGAGCUGCUUUUGCUUCAAGUUGUUCUGCCGGCACUGUUGGAGCAGGGUCACACUCGUCAGUGGCUCAAGCGGCUUGUUCACGCCUGGACGUUCACAGCUGGAUACAUGCUUGACCUUCACUCCUACCUGCUCGGAGAUCAUGAAGAUGAGGACAACCAACCACUCAACAAUCCUCCCGGUCGCCAUAACAACAACCGAAUCCCAGGCCUAGGGGAGGGGCUUCACGCUGCCCAUCAGGCUAUCCUGCAGCAGGGCGGUCCUGUGGGUUUCCAGCCGUACCACCGGCCUGUCCAAUUUCCCCUCAAGAUCAUUCUAUUGGUCGUCUUCAUGUGUGUGACGCUGUUACUGGCUAGUCUGCUCUGCCUGACGCUACCAGUGUGUGUGGGUCGCUGGCUGAUGUCUUUCUGGAUGGGCAGUGCCAUGGUUCAUGAGCUGUACACAGCAGCCAGUGGGCUCUACGUCUGCUGGCUGGCUAUCCGAGCCGCCACAGUGCUGCUGUCCUGGAUGCCACAGGGGCGAAGUAUCAUCAUGCUCAAAGUCCACGAGUGGACGCUCAUGAUUCUAAAGACCAUUGUGGUGGCUGUGCUGUUAGCUGGAGUCAUACCUCUGCUGUUGGGUCUGUUGUUUGAGCUGGUCGUUGUGGCUCCUCUCAGAGUCCCACUGGACCAGACACCACUGUUCUAUCCCUGGCAGGACUGGGCGCUUGGCGUGCUUCAUGCUAAAAUCAUCGCUGCCAUCACACUGAUGGGCCCUCAGUGGUGGCUGAAAACUGUCAUCGAACAGGUGUAUGCUAACGGUAUCAGAAACAUCGACCUCCAUUUCAUCCUGCGACGACUGGCUGCUCCGGUCAUCUGUGUCUUGCUGGUGUCUCUCUCUGUGCCCUACAUCAUCUCCAAAGGCAUUACACCACUGCUUGGUGUUCAGCCAGUGAUGCAGACGCUGGUGGACAGGAGGAUCUAUCCCUUCCUGCUGAUGGUGGUCAUACUCUUGGCCAUUCUCUCCUUCCAGAUACGACAGUUCAAACGCUUAUACGAACACAUCAAAAACGACAAAUAUCUAGUCGGACAGAGACUUGUAAACUAUGAACGUAAGACAGGCAGGAGCACAUCCAGCGCCGCCCUCAGCAGCUCCUCGUAGAGCUGACUCUGCUGCGGGAUCACUGCAGCUGACUCGCUCUGUCCAGCACUGGGAGCUCUGUGGUGAAACCUAACUGUGUACUUCAAACACGACCUCUUAACGUAUGACUGAGCUCUAGUUCUAACCAUCAGUACUGCAACAGCCGGUUUGGAGACAGUUUCAACGUAAUUUUGUGAACAAGGUUGUUAACCCAACCUGUGAAGACUGUCGGCAUGAGUGAAACUCAGCAGAACCACGACCGUGUUAAUCCUGUCUAAUCUCUCUGUUUUCAUGUUCAACGCGGCUGUCAUUUUAAGUGGUAAUGGUUUGCGAAGUCAGGUCAGUUGAGCUAGGCUUUUACCGCAGAUUGUGGUUCCCUUUGUUUUUUUAAUGAGAUAUUGUUUUGGCCACACUGUGUCUCUGAGCAGGACAUUUUCAGGGUUGCGAAGUAGGCAAUUAAGACGCCCUUGUGGAUCUGCUGCUGUUGUAUGUAUCAGAUGGCACCCUUCACCAGAUUGAGGUAGUCAGUGAAAAGGAGGGAAAAACAUCACGUAGCAAUGUGAUUGUAUUUUUUUGUUGAUUUUUUUAAUUAGAUGUGUUUUCAUUGAUUUUUAGUGUUAGUUGCUGGAGUGAACUGUUAGAUAAGCGUUAGAGGAUUCAUUUCAACUGAAGGUGCAGAAAAAGACCGAGACACACUCUGGACACAGCCCAGGAAAUGUUUCUGUUCCCUGAUAUACUCUCCUAUGAAUUGUUAAACAGUCCUGGUUGUGUACGACCUUCCUGAGCUUGAAAUCCAGCAACAGAAGAGGAGAUUAUGAACCUGAAAAAAAUCCCAUGUUGGAGUGCAGCACAUAAAAGGCAUCAAAGAACAUUUAAACAGUAAAAGUGGCCUUUCAGAAUUCCAGUAGGUUCUUGAGUAACACCUUUUAGUUUCACCCUGAUUGCUUUAUAUACAUAUUUAUUCUCAAAGAUUUAAAAAGUAAUUGUGAGCUGACUGGUCGUCAGUGGCCUGUAAUUCUGUCAAUCGGCUGUUCAGCCUCUGACUUCCUUGUGUCCUGUUCUGAGACAACAGCUGAAACCAACUCUAAAAAACAAAACACUGAGUCAAGUAAUUCAAUGCAGGUUUCCCCAUCAGGAGAUCAGUCAGUGGAUAUGGCCACUGUUUACCUUUGACAUGUCAUACCUUUAAACAUCUCAGGUUUUCCUUUCUUUUCUUCUUUUUUAAAUGUAAUUUCCCUCGCUGUCCACUGUUGAGGUUAAUCAGUCAGGCUGUGACAGCAGCUGUCUAAAUGUUUGGCCUUUGUAGUGGGAUUGUUUCUGGAGGAAGCUUCAUCUGCUCUCUUAAAGUUCCCACUUGACCCACUUGAUCAUCAUUAAAUAGAAAUGGGAAUCUUCUCUCUCCACAUCUUAGAACCAGGAGAUAGUUAGCUCACCAUAGCAUAGCUUGGCAUAAAAACUGGAAACACAACAAGACAAACUGUACACAAUGUCACUUUGCAGUAUGACAAGGGAGUCUGCUGUUCAUCUGGCCUCAAGACACAAGUGUUCUCAUUUAGCAAGAGAAUAAACAUACACUGUAUAUAAUUAAGUAUUUGGUUAAAUGUAUGUAAAGUAUAUGACAAAUCCAUGACAAUUGAAUUGAAGAAUUUUCAAAACAGAUGUUUGAAAGACCAGUCAUAGUAUCUGAAACAAGCUCCUGCCAUUCUUUCAUGGGGAGAUUUUAUCUUUUAAUUUUUUUUUAUUUUGUUUUUAUUUUUGACAAGAGUCAAGCAGAGGUUAAGAUGAUUUUGUUUUCAUGCAAAUGUGUUAAUGGGCUGCACUUUAUUACACUGUAAGAAAUAAUCUCAGUCUGUGUGUAACUGGGGCAACACAGCAGGGUUUGUGUGUUCUUCACUGAGGUGUCACUGUUUCACUGUGGUGACUGCACAAUAUCUUUGACAUCAAAGGCGAAUUUGAGUUAAGCGUCUGUUGUUGACACUGUACCUGUAUUAGUGUUUUUACUUGGAGUUUGGUAAAUAUAAAUUGCUUUUCUAUCGAUAGGGAUUGUGAAUGACUUUAACUUUAGUGCUGACAGCUAUAGCAUAGCUGUGUGGAAUGCUCACAUUAUAUAUGAUGCUAUAAAGUGACCUUUUAGUAUCUCGUUGAACUGAGCUGGACACUUAACAUUUUGGUCUUGGAAUUUCAAUUUUUAGAAUCAAAUGAUUUCUAUUUUUAUAUGUGCAAAAAAGCAGUGGCAUGUACUUUAACACAAACGUAUAAACUUACAGGUCACUGUUGGUUCACUAACAUGAAACAAUAAUAAAUCACUGUUCUGA